UGAUCGAUCAAUUAAUCGUGGCAUGGUUCCGUUCUGUACUGUAUUUUGAGAUGCUCACCAUCUGUUUGAUCUUAUGCUUCUCUUUUGAAAGGGGUAGAAACUCACGCUCAGUUGGUUUUAUGUGAAGUUGUUAGUUAAAAAUCGUUAGAUGAUUUAUUAUGUUUGACAAAAUUAUUAUCUAACAGCUUUUAACUUUCAACUUCUAUCGAAGACAACUGCAUGUGAGCGUUCACUUUGAAAGAUGUCAGGCAGAGGACGAGGACGUGGCCGAGGGGGAUGGGGAGGAGGCCGCGGCAUGAUGACAUAUGCGAGAGAAAUGGAGUUUGAACUCUUCCCUGAGGAUGUUACUUUGCCUUCUAAUAAAGUCAAUCACGAUGAUACUCUCAUGAAGGACUUGCUACGACGCAAUGCCAGGCUUCAAAAUUAUUGGAAAGCCUCUCCUUAUCUUAUCGAGGAAACAGAAGAGAACAAAAGGAUGCAUGUAGAAAGAUUUUCUGACAGGAACAAGACAACAUUUACUCGUGAUUCUUUAUCGCAGAUUUUAGUGUUCAAGGAAUUCCCUAAGGAGUUGGUUCGAGGUACAGCUACAGCUAGGCGUCCAAGCCGUAAAAGAUUUCGGUGGAACCCAGAGUCAGGUAUUAAGCGAAUUGAUUUCUUCGAACAGCUAGAGAAAAAGAACCAGGUCAAAGAGGGUAAAGAUGAAAAGGAAAAUAAAGGAGGAGAAAAUGAAGAAGAAAAAGAGGAAGAAGAAAAUGUAGAUGAUGAAGAGGUUGAGGAGGAAGAAGAAUUUGGUGAUGAUGAUUAUCAUCAGAAUGAAUAUUUUGAUGAUGAUGAAGAUGAUUAUAAUGAUGCAGAUGAAGGGGACGAUGAGGGUACCUAUUAAGAUAUCCCUUUGUAUAAUAAUGAUUGUCUUUUCAUCCUGUGAACGCUUCUGCAAUGCUUUGGAAUCUCGCUUCCACAUUGUUACAACUUCUACAUACCUUAAUCCUUCUCUUGCUUUUCAUCUAUUUCUUUUAGCCGCUAUUAUUUUUGUUUAGUCAGUUGCAUAUGAAUGUGUAGUUUCUUAAAGUUUUUUAAGAUAGAUUGCUGCUUGAACAGAAAAGAAUAUCGUUUACUUUUCAGAUUUCCACCUUGAAGUGAGAGAAUGAUUAGUUGUUCA